CAGCCCGGUCGUGCCAUUCGGAGAUGAAAGUUUCAGGCGCACUUAUGGCUGUCUGAAGGAGCGCGAGCUUAUUGGGGACAGUGGUAGACGCGCAAAGAAAGACGCGGUGAUCCGGGACGUAUCACUCAGUGGCCAGACUUUUUGAAAUUCGCCAAGUUUCACUUACUCAGCACAGAGCCAGCGUUGAACCCAAACAAAUAUAUAUAUAAAAAAUGAUGACCAAACCAUUUGGGAAGGCUGGGGAUAUGAACGACCUGGUGAGCUCCCUCAGCUGGCUAGAGGAGGAUGGAAGCUCACAGGAUGGAGAUGAAAGCCCGGAGAUGAGGGGGCGCCAUGCUCUGAUUCACUCCUGCACAGAAAUGGGCAGUGAGGAUAUGGAAGAAGAAGAAGAGGAGGAGGAGGAAGUUGGCCAAAAUGGAGACGGUGCUCCCAAAAGGAGAGGUCCCAAGAAGAAGAAGAUGACCAAAGCGAGACAGGAGCGGUUUCGUGCUCGGCGGGUCAAGGCCAACGCCAGAGAACGGUCACGUAUGCACGGGCUGAACGAUGCUCUGGAAAACCUGCGCAGAGUGAUGCCGUGCUACUCCAAGACACAGAAGCUGUCAAAGAUUGAGACUCUACGGCUAGCCCGCAAUUACAUCUGGGCUCUGUCGGAGGUUCUUGAGAGUGGCCAGUCCCCAGAGAGCCAUGGGUUUAUGGAUAUGCUGUGUAAAGGUCUGUCUCAGCCCACCAGUAACCUUGUGGCCGGCUGCCUGCAGCUGGGACCCAGUCCAAUGAUUCUUAACAAACUGGAGGAUAAGUGUGGAGGUCCGGGAAUGGGUGGUGGGUUGGCGGGUCAUCCCCUCAGCUACCCGUCCCCAGGCCUUCCCAGUCCACCCUACGGCUCCCUGGAGGCAUCCCACCUCCUCCAGAUGAAGGGCUUCAAGGGGCCAGUAUAUGACAACCCCUCCCCUAACGAGUGCAGCAGUGGCACACCACCGUACGACGGGCCUCUCACUCCCCCCCUCAGCAUCAGUGGCAACUUUGCCCUAAAGCAGGAGCCGUCUCCCCAUGAGUCCGAGAGGAACUACACACCCCACCCUGGUCACCAUGCCCACUACCUCUCAUCCCACCAUUACCCCUCGAGUGGCAGCCUAGCAGGGGGUGCUCAGGGCCACCCGCUCUUUCAGGCUUCCCGUUACGAGCUGCCCCUGGAUGUAGCCUUUGACUCGUUCACCCCCUCCCAUCUCGUCAGCUCUCAACUGGGUACCAUGUGAAGUGAUAGGACCAGUGUGUGUGUGUGUGACUGUUCUGAAACUGGCCAGAGGAGAAAUGCUGCUCCUAUAUGAACUACGUAAAAAAAAAAAAAGAAAAAAAAAAGACGACGACCAUGGUGAUGACUGUAUAGAGGGAAGGGUUUGCAUUUAUGUUUUCUAGUACUCUGGGAGAGCACUGAAUGCUCAGAGAGAAACAGAAAGACUCAUGACCUCAACUCGAUCUACCUGAUACGAACACGCACCCAUGACAUUUAUUAUUUUAUUUAUUGUUUUGUUUUUUGUCACGAUUAUAUGUUGAUCAUUGGAUUAUUAUUGUUUCAGAACAUGAUGGCCCCUCAGUUGUUUAACUAAACCGCUCUGUGCAACUAAAGAUUAAUUUACCAAAUCCGAUAUUAGAUAUUUCACAAAAAACUGCACGUUUACAAAAUUGAUCCUGUAGUCAUCAAAUUGAUAUUGUGCACUGAGGCCUACAGCCAAUGUCCUCCUCAUUCUUAGGAAAGCAAUGCAUUUAUUUAUACCAGUAUUUAAUAUUUAUUUUGAUAAUGUCUUGUCCUUUUUCUAUUCCUCUCAGCACAGUUUUUGUUUCGCUGUCCUCUUGGUUUGUCAGCGGUACUGUAUUUAAUUUAUUUAUUUCAAGGUUGUUUCAGGUACUCGUUCGUUUGGUGUCACAGUUUUUUUUGUCAUACUCUACUGUUAAUAUUUUGCUGUUUCGCACUUAAUUGAAUAAAUAUUCUUAUAUUAUAUGCUAUUUCUAUAGUAA